UAAAGUGCCUAUUAGUUUAGGCCAAUAAAAAAAAAUUGCCCAUUAGUUCUCUAUCUUAAAGCCAUGGCAAUGGCAGGCGGCGAGAGCGAGGUUUAUGGCCUAAUCAAGGUCUGGGCCUCCGUCUUCUCCGCCCUCACUUACUGCUGCGCCCUUGGGAAGCUGACGCGGCCGGGCGCCGGUCGCCUAGUCUUUGUCCUCCCCAUUGUCGGCCUCUUCCUCCUCCUGCCCCUCCACCUCUCGUCAGUACACCUCUGCGGCAGCACCGCCUUCUUCAUCGCGUGGCUCGCCAACUUCAAGCUCCUCAUGUUCGCCUUGGGAAAGGGCCCCUUGGCCUCCUCUAACCCUCCACUCUCCCUCCCCAACUUCAUCGCCGUCGCCAGCCUGCCCAUCAAAAUCCAACCCAACCCGCCUCAGGAUGGGGGUCAAAAGGCCGGCGCCACCAAGGAUCCCCAGAAGGGCCACAAGUCGGUCUUCAACUACGGGAUUAAGCUGCUGCUGCUGGGGAUUAUGCUCCGGGUGUACGAUUACAGCGACCACUUGCCACAGGUGGUGCUGUGGUUCAUCUAUGGCUUUCACAUCUACUUCUGCCUGGAGAUUAUCCUGGCAGGGGCGGCGGUGUUGGCGCGGGCCGCACUAGGGAUGGAGCUGGAGCCGCAGUUCAAUGAGCCGUACCUCUCUACGUCCCUCCAGGACUUCUGGGGCCGCCGCUGGAAUAUCAUGGUCACGAGCAUCCUCCGGCCCACUGUUUACGAGCCCGUGCUCUCCUUCUCCACUCGACUCAUCAGCCGCAGGUAUGCUCCGCUACCAGCGGUGUUCAGCACGUUUGUGGUGUCAGCGAUCAUGCACGAGCUGAUAUUCUACUACCUAGGACGCAUAAGGCCGACGUGGGAGAUCACCGGUUUCUUCCUCUUUCACGGCAUGUGCCUCAUGGGGGAGAUUGCCAUCAAGAAACAGCUAAGGCUGAGCCGGGGGCUCCCGAGGCCACUGGCGGCGUUCCUGACGUUCAGCUUCGUCAUGGUCACUGCUUUCUGGCUGUUCCUGCCACCAUUACUCCGAUGCAGAGCCGACAUCAGGGCAUUUGAGGAGUACUCGGCCAUUGGGGAGUUCGCGAAGGACGUCCUGAGUCAUAUGUCCGUCUCGAAGGCUUUCAAUACAUCGAGAUAAUGAGGAAGCUCAUUUUUUUUUUUUACUAUGGAAAAAUAUUAGGACAAAGUAGAUAAUUGUCACACACAGGAUUCUUCGAUUAGGAAUCAGUCUCAAAUGGUGGACUUCAAUUAUUUAUAAUUCAUGGAUUUAAAAUACACUAUAAGUACUUUGUGGUCA